UUUUUCUUUAACAGAAGAUAAGAUUUCACCGUAGUUCGCAUAUUAAAAUUAGUUGCCUCAACAAACUUGGUAUCAUAUUCUGGUGGAGUCAUUUUAUACGAGUACGAUUAAUUGUACCGCCCGGCCAGCCCUCGUCGUUGUCGCUCUCUCUGUUUUUUGAUCGCCGGGGUUUAUAGACGCCAGGCAAGUUUCAUGGUUCAUACAGAACCUCUUCUGCGCUUCAGUUGUCAGUUGGCUUUUUUUCUUUCUUCUCCCACGUCCUAAGCUAUGCCGCAAGAACUUCCGGGUUUCUAUUAUGAUCCGGAGAGGAACAGAUACUUCCCUUUAAAAGGUCCAAUACCAGGCACUACCGCUCCCUCAAGAAAACUGCUUUCAAAUCCCAAACGGGCAAACAACGUUCAUAGAAGGGUGGGGAUCAGAAUCUCCAGCCUGCUUCAGGAUAGGGAGUUGUGCGGAAAUGCCAUCACCUUCAAUAAAGGGAAAUGCAACUUCCAGGAGGAAUGCCAAAAACUACAAGUUUCCCAGCCCGUGGUUUGCAAAUACCAGGGAACAGAUAGGACUGGUGAUGCUGCUUUGGAACAGCUACGUGUCGAUGUGCUCACAGAGGAGGGCCAACGUGGGGCUGAUGUUUUAUUAACAGGCAGUGGGAAUGGACUCUUGAAUUUUCUUGAAGUUGGAAAUGUUGGAGAGGAUUUUGACUAUGGGGAAAAACACAUGCCGGACUGUGUGUGGCCUCUCACUAUAGGAAACAGAAAGGAAGCCAAUGAAUCACUCAGGCAUGUUUGGAGAUGGACAGGAGGUUCAUUACUCAUGCCGUCAAAUAUAGCUUGGAUAAAGAUGCCUGGAAGGCGGUCUUCUUAUACAGCUGAUGAUGUUUCUAACACUCAUCAUGCAUUGAUAGGAACUCUGGGAUCAGAUGCAUCUCGCGGCUCUGUUUAUUUUCUGAAUCUCAGGGAACCAUUGGACUUCAAUCCAACUAGUCAAAUAAUGGCGCAAAGAAUUUGUGAGGUUGUUUCAUUCAAUGGUACAGUUUGGACUGGAGAUUACAAUCCUAAUCGAUAUCAAGCUGUGAUAGGUACUAAUUUGGGAGCAGCCUUGGUAAAUUUGGAAACUAAAGUGACAACGUGGGUGUGUCGUAGUAAGAGUGAUGUCAUGUCACUACAGUUUGAUCAAUCGGGAAAUGUCGUUUUAUGUGGAUUUAGAAAUGGAGCAAUUGUGACUCUGGAUGUUCGGCAGAAACAAGAAGCAUCAUCUGCUAGACUUACUGAACACAAAAUAUGUUACAGCUCUAAUACAAUUUGUGAGCAUUCAAAGAUAAUUGUUCAAAAUUCUAGAAAACAAUGUUUCAAGCUCAAAGGGAACAUAUAUCCCUCUCAAACCAUUUGUAUGCCGUCAGCUAUUUGCUGUUUGGAAUCUCUGCAAUUCUAUGACCAGUACUUCUUAGCAAGCUCCAUGGAUGGAUCGAUCAAGCUUUACGAUCAUCGCCUGAUGAAGAAAGGGGCUUUACAAUCUUACGAAGGGCAUGUAAAUUCUCAUACACGUAUGCAGCUUGGAGUUGAUCCAUCUGAAAGAUUUGUAAUGUCAGGUGGAGAAGACUGCUACUUGCGGAUUUGGAGAAUCAAGUCUGGUGAACUGCUCUUUGAAGAUAAAUUCUCAGAUUCUGUCCUUUCAACUGUUUGUUGGACGAGAUUUGGAAGAAAUCCUAGUCCAAAAAUGCAAAACUAUGAAGAAUAUCAGCAUGGGCAGACACAUAACUGGGGAGCCUGGCUUGGUUCGUAUGAAGGGCUAUUUCAUAUUCAGUGAGCAAUAAGUCAUGAUUCUUCUUCAAGCACAACAGCAAGCCUUUUAAGCAGAAACACCACAAAAUUGUCUACAAGUACCAAUUGCAUUGCUUGGUAUGGAUUUCAGUAUUCCAAGAAUGAUCCUUGCUGUGCACAAAGGAUUCCCUGAGCUGUGUCAGUAGGCAAUGCCACUGCGUAUUGCUAGAGGAACAUGAGGUGACGCUUUGGUAAUAAUCUGAACCUAUCUUUUAGCUUGAAGAUGACCUCUGCUUGUAAAAUCAACUGCAAAAUGAAUACAAAGUCCUUGCAAGAUGUGGUUUUAAUAUUUUUUUUCAUUUUUAUUUUUUGGGUGCCAUCCUGUCCAUUUAUGUGGAAACAAUGCAGGUUUGGGUCUUCUUAUCUUCUGGGCCUAGUGAAAUUUUGUUCCUCACCAAACAAGUCCGUAUGGGUUAUUGGUAGAGCUUUGGGAAUAGACAGAGAUCCAGACGGCCAGAUCAGAGGAAGGAGUGUGUUAUGGCGCUCUGCUGCAUGUAACGAUAUGAAUUCAAUUCUCUGGAUUCCCAACAAGCAUCUGUAUUUCCUUGGCCAUGGAAGCAUCAGUUUGGCUUCAUGUAUUUCCGUGGAAAGGUGUAGCAAAAUUAGUGCUACUGUGACUUUCUUUUUUGUGUGGGAACUGCUUUUAUGUCAAAAGCUCCUUUUUUAUCGAACGGAAUAGAUUUCAAGUUCGUGCACUGAACUAACAAUCGAAAUAUUGGCGGGAAGUCUCUGUUAGAUUCA